AGCAGCGACGACAAGUACCACCAUGUCUCAUGUUCUUCUCCUUCGUGCUCCUUCCGAAGCAGCAAAUACGAAUAAUGCGAGUGUGAAUGGAAGUACAUCACAAGACCCUUAUGAGAAGGCGCUUGCUCCAGCAACGUCGGUGCCUGUAUACGAGACUGUCCAAACACUCGAAGAAUUGCAGUGGAUUCUCGAAACGGGUCCAAGCUUUCAUGGAUAUAUGGGCGUAAUUGUGACGAGCAAACGUUCGGUCGACGCGUGGGCUGCAGCGGCGCGGAAAGUCCCACCGCCAGUUGACGAACGAGCACAUUGGACGAAUAUACCAUUCUACGCUGUCGGUUCCGCAACAGGCUCUGCAGUGCGCGACUUGACGAACACACUUGCAUCAUGCGCACCGCACCUUGCUCCUCGAGAAGUCCUCGGCGCAGAGGAAUCAGGCACAGGCGAACAACUCGCGCAUUUCAUUCUCGCGCGGCUUAGGGCAGAACGUGAAGCAGCCCAGUUCCCAUCGUCGUCUGCUACUGGGAGCAGUACUACUAAUGGCAAUGGCGGAGGCACCUCCGUUUCUGGAUCAUUUUCCAGCACAAGCCUCACUCUCACCGGCUCAAUGGAGACAGACAACCUAAGCGUGUUUACUUCAACUCACCCAAAUGAACAUCUCGGGCAAGGAGGGGGUGAUAAGGACCAGAAAAAUAUUAAUACCAAUCUUAACGCCAGCCCGACUCCACCGACUCCCGUCUCACCCAGCCCCCGCCGCCGAGCACUCCGUCGUCCGACAAAAUUACUGUUCCUCGUCGGCGACAAAACCCGCGACGCACUACCAACAAUCCUCUCCGCGGACGAUACAAUCGAACUCGACUCCGUACAAGUAUACGCGACGAGACCGUCUCCUGACUUUCCUAAUGCACUGCGUAAUGCUAUUUCGGCUCAGCCGAAAAUAAAAGACUGGUGGAUCGCCCUCUUCGCACCCUCAGGCGCAGACUACGCUGUCCCCUACCUCCGCGAACACUUCACCCUUCCUCCCUCCACCUCCUCUUCCACCUAUCCUCCAACAUCUACCUCCUACUCUUCCUCCUCUUCCUCUUCGGAUAAAGAGAAAAAGAAAAAGAAAUCAAAGGGAUGUCCACCCCCAGCUCGGAUAGCCGUCAUCGGACCUACAACAGCUACACACGUCCGUGAGGAGUUGAAGAUUGACGUUGCUGUUGUUGCUGCUAAGCCGAGUGCUGAUGCGCUGGCGGAUGCGAUACGUGCGGCGAAGUAAUAGGUUUGAACUUUGACUAAUUUCUGUCUAUUUCUUUCCUUUCUUUUCUGUACUUUUUUCUUCCUGAUCUAUUAUUUUCGAGGAGUUUUAUUGGUUGAUCGGUGACCACAUAUGUUCCCCUCCUUCCUACCCCGCUCCUCUGUACGUUAUAGCCCCUUUGGAUUUCGGAUUUCGGUACGACAAUACCUGUGUGAUUAUUAUUUUCGUUCUGGCUAUCUGUAAAACUCCCUUUUACACAUCCACACCCUGCCUACCUACCUACAUUCUCUCCUUUCGUCUUCAUCCUUUCUACCUUAGUGUCUAUCUUCACACCUUCUUUAUCUUUCUAUCAGUACAGACACUACUUGGAGGAAUUACCCAUCAUCCACCACCCACUGCUAUCAUUACUGUCGUUCUGCUUAUCACUGG